AUGCUCGCCCGUGGGAUGCGGUGCCUGUCAUGUCGUUGGGUACAUUCUACUUUUCAAAAAUCUUUGCAAGCAGCGCAUGAUUCAGCGUCCACAUCUGUGACACCAGAAGCAAAAGAGAAGAUAUGGGAUCGCCGAAUUCAGCUGCGGAAGCCUGUAAUGCAGCGAGAUGAAGUGCUAUCAUCGAAGGUUUACUACGCUCCAGAGUGGGAGCUCGACAGGAAACCGAAUAAGGAUGAGGGCUACCCUGAUCCAUUAAAAAAUUACGGCACGACACCUGAGAAAUGGGAGUAUUACAACAAGGUUGUUUGGCCUCCUCAUUAUGUUGUACCGGAGACAGGAUUGCCAAAAGCUAGGGAAGUAUUCCACUGCAGAGAAUCGGUGCAUUUCUCUCCAAAGCGUAUGUGGCAAGCAUGUCAGCUCAUUUGGCGGACGAAUGUAGAUGAAGCUAUAACCCAACUGGAUUUUCAGCAGUUGAAGAGUUGCAAGAUUCUCAGAGAAGUGUUGAUGGAGGCGAAGGAAAGAGCAGUAAACGAGUUUCAUAUCGAGUUCCCAUCCGACAUGUUUGUUGCAGAUGCGUUUCCAGUUCAAUGUCAAAUAAUUAAAGGUGCACGACGUCAUGCUCAUGAAAAUUGGUGCACCAUCCGCUAUCGAUAUAUUAAUAUUUUUGUGCGAUUAGAAGAGGGAAGCCCACCGGGAUUCAAAGAACGGGAGAAGCAGAAAAAUGGCUGGGAGAAAAUGGAAGCUUACUAUGAGUACUUAAGGUCACGAACAAAGAAGUACAGUAUUUGA